AUGAGUUAUUCACUGGGGAUUCUGCUCUGUGUGGGACUUCUGCACCAAACUGCGAGGGCUGUCAGUAUGGAUAAACUGGCAGACAACAAGAUAUGUGGAGAUGCAGGAUGCUCACAUGUUCUCUCCAUGGCUACAGCCUUGGAUGACUUCACAGCUCCUGAUAUCAACAUCAAGAUGGGUCAGAUGGUCUAUGUGUAUUCUAAACUCAUUCCAGAGGAGGUCGCCGGAGUCUUCUGGUCUGGCAGCCUAUGUGAAUAUUCUGAGCGGUAUGUGCACCAGAUGGGCAUCAUUGGAUACUUUCCUGCAACUAUGGUGAAGGAGACACAGAAGUUUACAGAAGUUGAAGUUAGGAUUCCCACAACUAACAUGGACUUCUACUGUGAAUAA